AUGGCGACGAAGACGACGAUCUGGCGGCCGGGCGUGAGAGUGACCCUCGACGAGUAUGGCGAAAUCGAGGACACGGAGAUGGGGGGAGAGGAGUUGACGAAGCGGGGGACGAAGCGGAAGGGAGCCCCUCGCACGAAGGGGCCAUGCGAGCACGGGGUGAAGUAUCGGUCGCAAUGUAAGGUGUGCAGCGCUUGUCCGCACGGUCGUCAACGCUCUAGGUGCAAGGAGUGCGGUGGGUCUGAAAUCUGCGAGCAUGGUCGUAUGCGCUUUAGUUGCAAGGAGUGCGGCGGGUCUCAAAUCUGCGAGCACGGUCGUAUACGCUAUCAGUGCAAGGACUGCGGUGGUGCAUCAUUCUGCGAACACGGUCGUCGGCGCUCUCAGUGCAAGGAGUGCGGCGGGUCAGCAAUCUGCGAGCAUGGUCGUCAGCGCUCUAGGUGCAAGGAGUGCGGUGGGUCUGGAAUCUGCGAGCACGGUCGUGAGCGCUAUCAGUGCAAGGAGUGCGGUGGUGCAUCAAUCUGCGAGCACGGUCGUCAGCGCUCUAAGUGCAAGGAGUGCGGUGGUGCAUCAAUCUGCGAGCACGGCCGUCAGCGCUCUCAAUGCAAGGAGUGCGGCGGGUCUGCAAUCUGCGAGCACGGUCGUCAGCGCUCUAGGUGCAAGGAGUGCGGUGGGUCUGGAAUCUGCGAGCACGGUCGUGAGCGCUAUCAGUGCAAGGAGUGCGGUGGUGCAUCAAUCUGCGAGCACGGUCGUCAGCGCUCUAAGUGCAAGGAGUGCGGUGGUGCAUCAAUCUGCGAGCACGGCCGUCAGCGCUCUCAAUGCAAGGAGUGCGGCGGGUCUGCAAUCUGCGAGCACGGUCGUCAGCGCUCUAGGUGCAAGGACUGUCGAGGCGAACGGCUGUAA